GUCUAUUCCCGGCAGCAACUGCGGGAUCGAACAUUCUCCAAUUGCUUAACAAUUUUCGUUCAUUCACGUCUUCAAUUUACUCUCACCACUUCACUUCGUGCCUUAAUUCCAGCCUGUCUCACACGCGUAGCCACAACAACACCUCACCUCCGCUCACCGCAAAUUCGAAUUUUUUUUUUUUCCAAAGGCCCGUUCGCCUUGCAUCGCCGAGCUCCAAGCUCUCGCCGGGCACUCCGCCGACGCGCCGCGCGCACUGGCUAGGUAGACGACCAGCUCACCCCCCUCCCGCAACUACCUCACGUACACCACAAUAUCCACCAUGGCUACCGAUGCCCGGCCACUGAAGGGCAUUCUCAAAAAGGCAGCAGCCGGAGCCACCGCCUCCGGCAGCGGCGCCGCCAACGCCGUCCUCAACCCCCGAAAACAAGACCCACGCGAAAUCGCCCUCCAGCACGCCCGCAUCAUCCAGCAGCGCAAGGACCUCGAGCUCCAGAUCCUCGAGAGCCUGGCCGAGCUCUCAGAGUACCCCACCGAGCGCGGCAGCAGAACCUUCUCCGCCGCCAACCCGUCCCCGCGCGACGUCGCCGACUUCAAAGCCAACAUCCGCCUCUUCCAGCCGUCAGACUACGAUGACCUCAUUGAGGAGCGCAACGUCAACGGCUUGUGCGGGUACACCCUCUGCGCGCAGCCGAAGCCGAUGGCCUCGAAAGGUGGCGAGUGGAGGCUCGUCAACUUUGGCAAGGCCGAUUUUGAUAUCGUCAAUCGCAAGGAGUCGGAGAAGUGGUGCUCCAAGGACUGCCAGCGCAGGGCGAUGUAUAUCAAGGUGCAGCUCAACGAGUCGGCUGCAUGGGAGCGGGCCGGUUUGCCUGAUAUUGAGAUCGAGCUAUACGGAGAGGAAAAGGCGAGGCAGGAGGACCCUGCAACGCAAGCUUCGCGCGAUCUCGCAAGUCUGAAGUUGGAGGAUGGCAGAAGGGCGGCUGACGAAUCUGCCACAUUGGCCUUGGAAAGAGGAGAGACGCGGGAGGCGGGACAACCAGGCAAAACUUUCACUCUUGCCAUCAGGGAGAGGGAGGUCAAGCCACCGACAGAGCAUGGCGUGUUUGGAGAUCCAGACGAUGCUCAUUUGUUUGUUGAGGGCCACCGGCCGGGAGCUGGUAAGGCGCAAGCCAUCGCCGAGGCGUCCCAAUUUGAAGCACAACGUGACCAAGAUAUGUCAUGAUGUAGUUUUACGGGUGGCGGGAUACCAGAGGUAGUUGGAGCGUGGGGGGGGGGGGG